UUUUUUUUUAUGUAACAAUCGGUUAUCUAUGGGAAAGUGCGUUCAAUAUACCGCUGAGGACCACGGCAGCCGUAAAAUGGAUAAACACGUUAGCAGAAGAAAGCCCAAGUCUCUAUAACAUAUUAUUGCUCAUCUUUUUAGACGCUAAUAUGUCGCUCCAGCCGCAAGCGGCGGACGACCUGGAGGAGAGAAGCGCCUUCUUCAUCGGUGCUGACUCGGGCAACGUCUCGGAAGAGGAGGACCACCAUGAACUUAUACUUCAGAAAGCUAACGCUCUAGCGUCCGAAAACUGCCUUAGAGAAGCCAUUGACUGGUUUUCAGCUGCUAUGCGGUACAGUCCUGUGCAGCCCGAGCAGCUCAGCACUUUCGUGGACUGUAUCCUUCGCAACUUUAAGAGGAAAGUGGCCGGGCCAGAGCCGCUGUCGGGCCGUAGUAGCCGGGAAGCGGCGAAGAGCUCCGCGGAGGAGGACGUGCUGGAGUGUCCUAACUGUCACUGCUUUCUAGGUGAACCCGUGACCUUAGCCUGUGGACAUUCAUACUGUAAACGAUGCAUACAGCGACGGCUGCUUGACAAAUGUAAACUGUGUAGUGAACACGUGAGGGGCGAGGAGAAAGUGAACGUGAUUUUGUGCGGACUACUAAGUAAAUGGUUCCCGGAGGAGGUGGAAAAAUCGAAAAAAGUAAUGGAAGUGGACGCACUCUGUAGAAGAAAACGCUACCAAGAAGCCGUGGAGCUAGCAACCGACGUGAUUCAGUCAGAUCCAGACACGACGGUGGUGGCGCGACUGUCUCGAGCGGAGGCGUACAUGGGUCUGAAACAGUACCGCCAGGCUUUGGAGGACACUAACGUUUGUCCCCGAUCCAGCUGUUCUGCUGAAGCUUUAUUUAGGAAAGCUAUGGUGCUGCAUGAGAUGGGCCAAGUGGACGAGUCUCUCAGAGUCUUCCUCCACUGCCUGGCUGUUGAUGAGGACUUUCCCUGUGCUAAAAGACAAGUGGAAAAGAUCUUGUGUGAUCUUCUCUCCCCCGGUGAUGAGAAUGUGAAGGUUGGCCUGAGGGAAACAACACAGAACGCACUGACUCACUUACGCAGUAAAAACCUUGUGGCAGAUACCCAAGCCCAACCACAGAGGCCAGUUCAAAGGCAACACCUCCACCAAGUCCGUGCUGCCUCUGCGCACCAUCUGGAAAACCAGGAGAAACGCUGGGAAAGUGUGGAGCGACCUGGUUUGAGCCGAGCUCAUUCGCUACGAUCGCAUAGCUCUAAUUGUAGUGAGGAGGGUCUAAAGAGAGUUUGCUCUGCUCCUCAAUUGGGGGACCAGGACAAAGGAAGCCUCCUGAAGAGGAAGUUGUCAGUGUCAGACAUAGAGCCCUGUGUAGUGGACAGCGGAAGUAGCAAGCAUAAAAAACAAGGUGUGGCAAAAGUCUCCAAAAACCCCCCCACCAAACCUAAAAUGAAAACUAUUCCCAAGGAUCUGCUGGACUCCAAUGACCUGGAGUGUUCUCUAUGCAUGAGAUUGUUUUAUGAGCCUGUAACCACACCAUGUGGCCACACCUUCUGUAAAAACUGCCUGGAACGCUGCUUGGAUCACAUGCCCCAGUGCCCGCUCUGUAAAGAGAGUCUCAAAGAGUAUCUGGCAUCUAGGAAAUUUAAGGAGACCAUACUCCUGGACAUGCUGAUCAAACAGUACUUGAGCCGGGAGUAUGCAGAGAGGACUAAAACUCACCAGGAGGAGACCAGAGAGCUUUCUGACCUGACAAAGAAUGUGCCUAUCUUUGUGUGUACCAUGGCGUACCCUACUGUGCCUUGUCCCCUACAUGUGUUUGAGCCACGUUACCGCCUCAUGAUUCGCCGCUGCAUGGACACAGGCACCCGGCAGUUUGGGAUGUGCAUCAGUGACCCCGAAAAAGGGUUUGCAGACUACGGCUGCAUGCUGAUCAUCAGGAGUGUCCACUUCCUCCCCGAUGGGCGUUCGGUAGUGGACACCAUUGGAGGAAAACGCUUCCGGGUCCUGUCCCGAGGAAUGAAGGACGGUUACAGUACUGCAGAUAUUGAACACUUGGAGGAUAGCAGAGUGGAAGACAGUGAAGAACUAGCAAGACUACAAGAGCUGCACGAUGCAGUGUAUGAGCAGGCCCGAGUUUGGUUCCAGAACCUCAAGAUCCACUUCCACAACCAAAUCCUGCAGCACUUUGGACCAAUGCCAGAACGAGAAGCUGACAUCCAGGCGACUCCGAAUGGUCCAGCCUGCUGCUGGUGGCUGCUGGCUGUUCUGCCUAUCGACCCUCGAUACCAGCUGUCUGUCCUGUCCAUGACCACCCUCAAAGAACGUUUGGUUAAGAUCCAGCACAUCCUCACAUAUCUGCAGAGCAUCCCCAACAACUAGAGCUUCCCUACAAACAAACAAACAUCUUUUGGACUUUGAAGUGACAUUUAAGAAGAAACCUUCAGCAACACCUGCUUUUGUUCCUACUGCCAGUUCACCCCAUCAGUUACAGCUAAGAGACCCCCCCUCACCACCACCACCACCACUAGUAUAUGGCUCGAUCAGUGCAAAGCUGUCAUUCACUCUAACAUAUACGGCAAACCACCUCAGGGAUACUUUGAGUGAAACAUUUGAUGUUUGUAAUUAUGAAAAACGAUCUAGAAAAAAAAAUAAGACAGCAACAAUUCUCAUCUGCUUUAUUGUCAAUUUCCAGAAAUAUUUCCUGAAUAACUGCAGAAAAACAAGAACAAGAGAAGUUACUGCAGCACGUGGUUAAUAUUUCCUUGUUGUUGCUCUUGAGUGACAGAGUAGAAUAUCCCAUAAUCACUUUUUUGUGAUUAAUACAAGUGAACUGAGGCGAAAAGUGUUUUUUGUUUGUUUGUUUUGUCUUUGAUGUAUGGAAGCUUAAUUAUGCCACUGGACAGAAAAAAAAUACCAGGCAGAGCUGGUAUCUCAUAAAUUUGAAUUACUGACUCAAACUUGUGAUUAUUAAGUAGAUUUUGAGAUAAUGACCCCCAAUUUUGACUCGUAGAUUGCAAAAAAAAAAAAAAAAAAACAAACAAACAACAACAAAAAUGCUUCCACACUGAUAA